GUCUUACCAGGCUGCUCAGACUCUUGCUGUACUCUGCAUGCGCAAGCUCUGAUGUGAGCAAAAAGUAGCCUGCUCUCCAAACAGGGCGAAGUAUCAUUACCAUGAAGCAGCUCAGCAGAGGGCUGAUGAUAUUCAUUGCUGUCUCUGUGACUCUGUCUACCACCACGGGUUCCAGAAGUCAAAGCAGAAGGAUGUUGAUCAACAAUCAAGGAAAACUAAUAGCAGUAACUGUAGCAGAUGAAACAGUAGGUAACCCCUGUCUACAGAAGAAAUGUUUAAAGCCAAAGGGAUCGUGGUGUCAAGUGUUCACUGGAGAGAAUGGAGUGCAGAAAACGAAAUGCGUUUGUCCAAGAGCAUGUUCAAGUAAACUGGAUCCGGUGUGCAGUAACUAUGGACGACAGUAUAACAACGAAUGCUUGCUUCAUAAGGAAGCCUGCAGCAAGCGCAGAUACAUUAAAGUAUCUUAUUAUGGCAAGUGCUUAGCCAAACAGGCACCCUGCUCUAAGGGAGAACUUGCUGAAUUCCCCUACCGGCUGCUGAACUGGUUCCUACAUCUGAGAGAAAUUGACGAGUUUGAGAAAGUGAAUGACUCUUCAACCCAUGCCUUCAUGAGCAAGAGAGAAAGAAAAGGCCUUGCCAAGUGGAGAUUUGAUCUGUUGGAUGUGGGCAAAGAUGGGGUGCUCAGUAAAAGAGACCUGCUGGAAUUCCGUUAUCACCUGAUGCCUUUGGAGCAUUGUGCAAGUGAGUUUUUCAAGUCUUGUGAUGCAGAUGGAGACCAAAGUGUCAGUUUGCAAGAGUGGAUUUAUUGUCUUGUUGAAAAGUCGGAGAAGUGGUAUGAAGGAUUUAUGGCUAGGAAAAUGGGAACAAAGGAGAUCUGGAUCAAACCCAAAAGGAAGGUCUAACUAUGAGCUGUACUGUACCCUACUUUCACACCUUGGGUUUACUGUGGCUCAUUCCUCUGUUUGAUGGAUGUUACUGAAUGGCGGUGCUCUUUUGAUCUUCUAGCAAAAUAUGUUAGUCCUGUGUUCAGAAUACAGCAAGGAAAGCAAAGAGUCCUCUUUAUCUUUUAUUUCAAAUGGUAGUUGACUACAGAGAAAACGCAGAGAAGAAGAAACUGCAAUGUUUUCACAUUUACGCAUAUUCACAUUCAUAUGCCAGCAUGCAGGCUCAAUAGUCCUUUCACAAAAUUCCCAUUUAUAUGUAUCACACACAUUCAAUUGUUGAGUCACUAAAUAAAUAA